CCCUGAACAAGCACAAGAGGAGGUGUUCAACAGCUGCUGAUAAGUCGGACUCCUGCCUGGAGUCAGGUCAAACUCAGACUGCAGUGUAGAGCUGACUCAGUCAGACAAAGAGGGCUCCCUACUAAAAAUAUACAAGGUUUUGUAUUUACCAGACAGAUUACAGCAACGGAGUCCAAGAGGUGAAACCACUUUGAUUCCUCGAUGGCCCCUUCCACCUGUUUGGUUCUGCUGCUCCAUUUCCUCAGCUGCUUCUCAGUUGGACUGGCCUGUUUCUGUGACCGGUACCCCUGGGGAUCCUGGUCUGCCUGCUCCAGGACCUGCAACUAUGGAGUACAGCACAGACACAGGUAAGACAACACAGACAGAUAGGCUCUUAAAACCAGCAGUAGCCAGAAUUCGUACUUUGUCAUGAAUUUUGUGUAUUCAAACUGUUGUGAGCCCCAGAAAUGGAGAGAUGUCAUUAACAAAGACAGUUUUUAUUGUCUUUGCUGCUGUUUUGUUACUGAGGCAAAAUGCUGAUCAUGGAUGGUGCCAACAUUGCAGUGCAUUGAAGGUAUUUUCAUUAUCUUCUGACAGGAGGUUUCAGUACGAUGAAUAUUUCUGGAGGAGCAGCUGCAACCAGCUGUGUGAGAAAUCUGACAUGAGAGCUUGUAAUGAGCAGGCCUGUCCGAUCAACUGCAUGCUCUCAGACUUUGGGCCGUGGUCUGACUGCUCGCCCUGCGCCAAGAAACAGGUAAGACAGACACAAAUAUCACCACAACACUUACAGUCAGAGUUAAGUAAUUUAUAGUGGACCCUGUAGGACAACAUAAUACGGCUGUGUUUAAAAUAUCACUUCAAAAACGGAAUUAUUCAGUUUUCAGACUUUUUCCUCAAAUCUGCUUGUUUAUUGAAAACAGCAGCUUUGAUAAAAUCUGUGCUUUUGUAUUCCACAUGAAAGAUAGGAGUAUUUUUGUGAUAACCCUGACAGACCUUGCGGCUUGAAUUAGUAUAGAAAUACAUAAGAUAGAACUGUUUUGAAUGGGUCGAUCCUAUUUGGCUUAUUUAAUGUUCCCCACCAGAGAGCAUCGAUACCUUUAUUGAACUCCUGAGCGCUCCAGAUUUGAUCCUUUCUUUGUCAUUGGGAAGGCACUGAUCCUUAACUCACUCUAGUGAUAUAGUCAGCAGGGUGAAGUUGAAUUUGAGCAAUAUUAAAAUAUUUAAAUUUGUGAAAAAUCACCUAAAUAUAAAAUUAUUUCAGUCUACUUACAAUAAGCCUUUAGGUCCGCAUAGUAGCAGGUCCCUUUCCACAGAGGUUGCCAUCUUGCACCACCAUGUUUGCACAGAACAGACAGAUUAUAAGGGCCACACCUGUUUUUGUAUGCAGUAGGUGGUGAAGCAAAAUCAGUAAGGACUGAGUCCUUAUUGUGUGCAAAAGAAUUUGUAUCACUGGAUGGGUUUUGUUAUGGAAAAACUUGAUGAAUUAGGGGAGCUUCUUGUCCUUAACGGUCAUGGUCGCUUCACCAACAUAAGGGGUGAUCGCUAGAUUAUGCUAAACGUUCCCAUUUCUACACACUGUUCUGUUUAGAUAGGUAACUGUUAUUGUUUUUUCUAUAAAAACAUUUAAAGUCUGAGUUAUUUCCUCUCAUAUGAUGUUGUCUUUAGUUUCGUACACGUUUUGUUGUGAGGCCGUCCCAGUUUGGUGGAUCAGCUUGCACUGAGGAGCUGACUGAGGAGAGGCCAUGUUUUCCCUCCAAAGAGUGCAAGUUAGCACCCAUAGACUGCACAGAGGACUUUAAGUGUAACAACGGUAAGUUGUGUUUUGCCAUCUUCUAAAUACGGAGAUAAAAUUGUCAUAUUUUUAAAGAUAGGUAAUAUGAUAUACUCUAUUUUAGUCUCUGGUGUCAAACACAAUGAAGGAAUGAAAACAAGCGUGAUCAUAACUGCAACACCAUCUUUCUGCUGCAGGUCGCUGCAUUAACUCCACACUGACGUGCAACAGACAGAACGACUGUGGAGACAACUCAGAUGAGAGAGAUUGUGUCGACUUCAAAAUCGUGUGUCCUGCGGAGAAGAGAGUGGCCCCCGGGGCGGACCUGGUGGGGAACGGGUGAGCUGAGGUUAAAAUGUCACUGCAGAGUUUACAGCUUCAGUUUCGGUUUGAGCUGGCUCACAUUCUUCUGUCUCAUAAAUCAAAACCUUUCCCUUCUACAUGCCGUCUCUCCGCCAUUGAUUUUUUUCCCCUGUUGCAACAUCUGAUUGUAUUUAUCAUUUGUUUGGAAAUGUUCUUGACCUUUAGAUAAAUGUAUCUUGUAGUACUUUUGUCUGGCCUGUGUUUGUGUUGACCUUUUUCUGAUUUAUGUCAAAGGUUUGACGCUCUGGCUGAGGAGUCCAGAGGAUCAGUACUGGACAACAUGUUUAUGGGAGGAUCCUGCACCAUCAGGAGGCCUCCCAGCACCCUGCUCUAUCACAGAGUCCCUCACAACUUUGAGAGCCUGGACAUAAAGGUAUUACUUGUGAUAGUUAGAAAACAACAGAUAUUAACUCUUCUCCUGAGAGCUGAGUAGAUAAACUUGACACGAAGCAGAACAUUUAAAAAAAAGGACUUUUGAUUCCUGCUAGUCUAGUGUAUCAGAGUAACCUCUCAUCUUAGCUUGACUUUCAUACAUACACUCCAUCCAGCUAUUUUGUUUGACUUAUUUUGUCAUGUUUGUGCAGGCUGCAGUUAUAGAGGACUUCAGUACCGAGCCCAAGCCUCUGAUCUCCGAGCCCAUUGAUGUCAAGACCUCAACUUCAUCCCAAAGCAGCCAAGAAUCUGGAGCCUUUGGUUUCUUCCCAAUUUUCUUCUUUGGUCGGAGACAUAGCAUGACCACGAGCAGCAAGACGGAUGCAUUUGAAGCUUCGAAGACAAAGGUGAGGGGCUCAAACAUCGACAGCACUCAGAACCGGAUGUUGUACAAAAGUGAGACCAAGUGCAGACAUCUUUCCAUGAGACACAACAGUCUAGUCUAACAGACUAAUAAUAUUGAGUUAUGCCAACAAAAGCACGCUUUUUCUUACUGAUGCAACAGCAAAGAUGUGAAGUCAUGAUCGACAACAACAAAUUCUUGUGUCAAGUUGUCUUUUUUAGGGCUAAAGCCACACAAACACACAAAUGUAAAGACAUAUUUGUGAGGAUCUUCAUUCACAAAAUUCCUCCUGUAAUCCACCAAUUAAAAGAGUUAAACUAAUAAGACCAGACUAAACUAAACACCCCAUAAACGGUCCUCACUCUCUGAAGAGCUCUUUGAACAUUGUCCCCACAUUGACCUGUAAAAAAACGUACUCACACACUCAUCACUCAUACCUAAAGCCUUGUACAGUGUUUCUUUCUUUAUUCUUUCCUUUGUUCCUUCAUUUCUUCCUUCCUUUACUAACUUCUACCUAUAUUCUCCCUCUUUCCUUCCUUUUUCCUUUUAUACUUUCCACCUUCCUUUCCAUCAUUCCUCCUUCUUCUUCUUCUUCUUCUUCUUCUUCUUCUUCUUCUUCUUCUUCUUCCCUCACAUCUUGUCACUUGUUCUCCAGGACUCCAGAUUUAUCAGGGUCCACCAAAUCCUGCCCGUGUCCACAUUCAAGGUGAAGGACCCGGGGGACCUUGUCCUGUCGCAGCCUUUUCUGCAGUUCCUCUACGCUCUACCUCUUGAGUACAACUACGCCCUCUACAGGGAAAUCUUUCAGCGCUUUGGUACACACUAUUACAGCUCAGGGGUGCUGGGAGGCCACUAUGACCUGUUGUACCAGUACAGCCAAGAGGAGCUCAAGAGUUCAGGUACAACAGCAGCAGCUGACUACCAAAAUUUGACAUAUCUGAACAGCUUCGCACUAAACCUUCAAAUCAACUAAAUCUCAGUUUAGACUAAAAUUAAAAAAAAAAUUGUAUGAAAUUCUGAGUGAAAGUUACCGCCAUUUUGUUAUACGUCAUGCAACCACUUUUGGAGUAUCGUGUUGCUAUUUUUAGUAUCUAACCAUAACCCCAACUCCUGCCUUUACCUUAACCCUCAAAGUGGCACCUCCAGCUCUGUAGACACACACUGAUUGGUUUAUAACACGCCACGGCUCAUCCGCAGUAUCUUUAUAGGCCACCAGGGGGCCUCAACUCACUCUUUUUCAGAUGUUAUCGUCUUUUGUUUAAAUGAAUAUCUGGUGGAGUGUGAAAGAACCCAAAAGGGGUGAACAUUUGUGGAGUGACAGACAAAGAAGAAGUUCCUUUUUGAGAUUCAGACUGUGUGGGUUUAUGUGUGUUCUUGCUUCCUUUGUUUCUGCACUAUUUCUUGCUGAACAGGUGAAACAGAGGAGCAUGUCCGUGGCUGCUUGGCUAGAGAGCUCACUUGGACUGUCAUCCUCUACACUGAGAGCAGAAGUGUUACCAGAUGUAGAGACAACACCAUGACACAGAAAUAUCAAGGUUACCUCAGUUUUUGUUUUCGUUUCUGUUACACUAGUUUUAUUAUCACCAUAGUGUUUCCUUCUUUAUAUUUUAUGCUGUCAUUAGUUAAAUGUUGCUUUUUUUCCAGGCUCAUAUGUUCAGUCGGCAGAGAAGUCUUUCUCAUUGGUGAAAGGAGGUCGAGCUAGAGAGGCAGCAGCUCUGGCCUGGGAGAGGCAGGGACCAGCUCCAGACAAAACAUCCUACAAGAACUGGGCCAAAUCUGUGCUGGAUAACCCAGUUGUGGUCGAUUACAAGGUUUAAUCGAACACCAAAUCAAUGCAGAAAUAGAUGAAUUUAGUGCUCAAAAAGCUGAUCAUGUGUCUAUGUUUGUCCAGGUUCUUCCCAUCAUUGAUCUAGUUCAGGGGAUCCCAUGUGCUAAGACAAAGAGGAGACACCUGAGGAAGGCUCUGCUGCAGUACCUGGAGGAGUUCGAUACCUGCAAGUGUGCUCCCUGUCCAAACAACGCCAGGCCAGUUCUGUCCGGCACAGAGUGCAGCUGUGUCUGUCAAACAGGGACAUUUGGGACAAACUGUGAGAGGAGAGCUCCUGAUUACACCUCAGGUACAGCAGAAUAAAACGAAAGCAUUACAUGAUUCAUAUAGAAGCUGGGAAACAGGAAAAGUGAGUAUCGAAUAAAAAUUUGAAUUUAGAGAGGAUGCUGUUUUCACAACUUAGAUAUUAUUGCUUCUCUUUAUUCUCUUAUGGAUUAAGUGUUAUGGCUGAUUUGACAACACGGUGAGCUUUGACAAUACUUACUUUCAAUAAAUGUAAACAGGGCUACAUAGUUGGAAUAUCUAUACUUUUCCAUACCCUACUUUUUAGAAUUAUUUUUGGAAAUACCGAAUUUUUUAUUUUAGGAAACAAUAUCUUAGAACUGAACAGCCGAGAAAUAUAAAUAUUUUCCUGGAAACAUAAAUACCCUUCCAUAAUUUAUUUUUCAUUUUCAAUACUUUUAAAGAUCUGGACACCGAUAAAAUUUAUUUCCAUAAUUUUUUCACAUUUCCAUACUUGCAAAGAAACCCUGUUAAAAAAAAAAACAUUACUGGAUAUUGGCUACUAAUGUUGUAAGGCUACAAAUAUGCCCAUUUAACUCAUUGCAUUGAGAGCAGUUCUUAUUUCUGGUUUGUAAUAUCUUAACAAUACAUUUUUUUUGUAUUAACAGGUGAAUGUGGCUCAGAUUAAGCUCCAUAAAUCACCUUAAGACCAAAAACACUUGCUAAAAUUGAAGUUUUUGCAUCAUUGAGAAAUUCAGGGAUUCAAAGUGAGGGAACUACAUGUGUUUAUGUUUGUACUCAGCAUGUAGUUUUUUGUGUCUUUUCCACAGAGGAAGUGGAUGGUUACUGGAGCUGCUGGGGACCAUGGAGUAACUGUGGAGGUAUAAUGAAGAGACGUCGGACGAGGCGGUGCGAUAACCCCGCCCCCCUGAGAGGAGGAAAACCCUGCACAGGGCCAGACAGACAGGAGGAGCCGUGCCAUAUCUCCCUCUUUGAAAGGUAUGAUUAACAUCAUCUCCUGUCAUGAAAAUUCAGUCAUGUGGAAGUUUUUAUGAACUCUCGGCAACUAAAGAGUAAAUAAUUUGACUUUUUAUAUUUUUUGAAUGUUGGAUUAUUUUCACUGUAUCUAUGUUUCUGACUGAUAUGAUUGGCUGUUGCUGAAGACAUAUCAAAUUCAUGGGUAACUUUAAUUAAUGUGUAACUAUGGGUGAACUGAAUGUUCUCUUUCUUGGUUUUGUGUUAAGACAGGAGACGUGUGAUAAUGAUGAAGACUUCACUGUAGGAUGGCGUGAUGAGCUGCCUCCAGGAGUGCAGGGCUGUCUGAGGCCACAGAGGCCCGCCAACAGCUUCCUCAGGGUAAAAAAAAAAAAAACAGACUGCUUGCAAACUUGCUGUAGUAGCCACUCCAGAGAUCUUCUGCCUCUUCUGGUUACUAAUCAGUUCAAAUACUUCUUCUCCUAGAAAGCGAAACAGUACUAUGACUUCGGUGAGGAUGAGGAGUUCCAGUGCUUCACUGGAUUUGAAUUGGAAGGUUUUCAGUUCAUCAACUGUCUUCCUGACGGGACGUGGAGUCAGCCUUUAGGAAAAUGUCUCAGUAAGUUUGUUUACUUCUCCAGACGAGUCAACAUUCAUCAGAAGAAGAAGAAUCAGGUGAUCUGGGCUUCAAGUAUGUGGUAUUCAUGUAAUAUUAAACUCCGCCCCUCUUUAGGAAAACUGUGCGUGCCUCCUGAAAUCCCUGAUGACAUGACUCUGUUCCCCGCCAAAGAUGAGUACAGGGUGCAGGAAUCAGUGGGAUUAAACUGUAUUGAACCGGGCCUGAUACCACAGCCAUCAGUCUUCUUCAGGUGCAGCAGCAGUCUCACCUGGGAGCCCUCACCACCUGCUGACCUGCGCUGCACUGACGGUACAGUUCAUUCAAACAUAUCAGUCUCGUAGUUGGAAAACAAAACUGGAAAAAAAACUUUUUUUUGUGAUUUAAAACAUUUUGGAUCUUUUAAGAGGAAGAAAAAGUGAUUGAUUUAGUAAUUUAUUGCACCUCUACUUACUAAAAGAUCCCAUACAUACAGACCUUUUAAUUUUGUCAUGUAAACCAGGACAGUAUUCAGAUAAUUAAAUUAGAGUCCACUGAUAGUAUUUGGUUAACACAUUAGCUGUUUAUAAUGGACAGUGGGUGCAAAGUUUAGGUGCAGUUAAAAAGUCUUUUAACUCACCAAAUAAUAUAUUUGUUCCAAUCUUUAAGCCGCAGUUCCUCAAGUGUCCACUUGAGGCUGCAAAAACCAAGGAAAUCCUAUGAGGUCCCAUAUCUAACUGCCUGACAGCAGAUCUCGACAUGUUCACAUUUAACAUGUUCACAGGAUCACAUUUACUACUCACAGUUACUUUAUCCCCAAGAGUUAAGUUCUUAAGUAAGAGAGAAAUAUGGAUAGUAAUGAGCCUUAUGUAAUCUUAAUUUUAGGAUGAACAGAGGCUGUUGACACUCUGUUGUCUAAAGGGAUAUCCAUCAUCUUGGACUUGUAUUUUACACAGCAAGUUCAAUUUAUUUCUACAAUUUCCAGAAUGGCCCUGUCUCCUCCAAAGGAAGAUAUAAGCUCACGUAAAGCUUCAGAUUUACUCAACCAAAGUCAAAGAAACAGCAAAUAUGUCUGUUGUGUAUUUAUUUUUCUCUUUUGGUAGAGGAACCGUUCGUUCCUGAUGGUCAGUGUGGUCCAGGACAGAAACGACAAAACUCACAGUGUGUCUGUAUUCAACGGGAGAGCUGCCUGUAAGUUUUUAUCCAAUAUUUGACAUAUUAUCCAUGAUGAUUUUGAAAGUUUUGAAGAAUUUAUAGGUAUUUGGAGCAGUUAAAAUACAUAUUUAUAAACCUCAUUGUGCACUAAUUACUUAUCAAACAUAACCAAUGUACUAUGAUUAGCUUUUACCACCAGACUUAACUGUGUGUGUGCGUUUCUUUGUGUUUCUUUGUGUUAAGUUCACAACCAGAGAGUGUCUGUGUCCUGAAUGUGGACAUCGAUGUCACCGUGCCAAUGUCCCUCUGCUCCUUCCACGCUGGUCGGUGCCACGGCGAUCCUCUAUUUUUUGUCAGUGACGGGUCAUGUGAUGCAGUCAACCCCGGUAAAGUGGAAUGGGCAAAGUUCAGAGCCAGGAUGUCUACCAAGAGCUCUGUUCAUACGCCCUGUGAUCUGGACACCUGUUAUGAGUGGGAGACCUGCUCAGGUGAGUUUAUCUCACAUGACCGUGUUUAUGCUUGAAUGUGUUUUGCAAAUUUUCCCUUUUUACUUUGUAAGCCAUCAUGAUUCAAUGGCUUCAUCAUUAUAUUGAGCGUGAAAAUAUUCAGACGACUGUGUUGUUUGAUGAUAUUUUUUUUAUUAUCCCCAUGUUUGUCUUCAGCAUCUAAGAAGUGUGAAUGCAAAGUGGCUCGUGACUGUCCAACAAGUGAAGAGCACAUGUUCUGUGUGAAGCUGACUCGCACUCAGAGGACUCGCAGUAUGACCCUCUGUUCGAUGGCUGCUUUAAAAUGUAUAAAUUAUCAGUUUGAGAUCCUUAAUGAGGGCCGGUGUGAGUCUAGAUGAUCACACCUUCUGCCACACACUUUGCACUAAAAUUCCUGACUUUUUUAACUUCACAUCAGUUAUGAGAUUGCAGCAAUUUUUCCUCCUGAACUGUACAACUGUUCACUUAAUCCUCUGCUUUAUUCAUGAUAUCUUACAUGGCGUCAUAUUUGUAAAAAGAAAAGAAAGAUAUGCUUUGGUUUUAAAGACAUUUACUGUAAUUUCUGUGAAAAAGAUGUUCAGAUUGAAUUUAUGUUCUUGUAAUGAUGGAUUGAUGGCUUGGAACAACAAUAAAUGUUAAGACGUACAUA